AAGAGUGCAGUCGAUCUCCGGUCUCGGCGCGGACGCGUUCUCUCUCCACACCGCACUGCAUACAUCAAUCAAUCACUGGAAGCCGCACGCGCUCCGCCUGACGCGCGCUCUUACAAAAUGAUUACAGCACUUCUUUUUGCUAUUUUAGUGACAUUUCUGACAGGAUACAUACUUCAAACAAUUACUAAACCUAAGAAAUAUCCACCAGGUCCUAAAUGGCUACCAUUUGUUGGAUGCGGUAAUUUAGUACAAAAAAUGAGCAAACUUCACGGUUCGCAAUGGAAAGCGCUCUCACAAAUAGCCAAAGAAUAUUCUACUCAGGUGCUUGGUCUUAAGUUAGGAAGUGAGUUAGUUAUUGUCGUCUAUGGCGAUCGAAAUAUACGUCAAGUCCUUAUGGAACCGGAAUUUGAAGGCAGACCAAACAGUUUUUUUAUCAAAUUACGAUGUUUCGGAAAGAGGAUGGGAAUAACAUCAGCAGAUGGCCCAUUAUGGCGGGAACACAGAAAAUUUGCAGUUAAACAUCUUAAAAAUGUUGGCUUUGGCAAGGCAUCUAUGGAACAAGAAAUACAGCAUGAAAUGGCCAGAUUAGUUGAAUAUAUACGAAGUAAUAGUUAUAAACCUAUAAGUCCAAAAAGUAUUCUUGCCACAGCCGUUAUGAAUGUUCUGUGGAAAUAUGUGGCAGGAGAGUCAAUAGAAGAAGAUCGUCUGAAAUUGCUACUUGAUUUGCUGAGUGCCCGAUCUAAGGCAUUCUCCAUGGCAGGAGGAUGGUUAAAUCAAUUCCCUUGGUGCAGAUUCUUUUUCCCUGAAGCCAGUGGGUAUUCGCUCAUAAACCGAAUCAAUUUACAAAUUUCCGCUAUAAUUGAGGAAGCAAUACAAAAACAUAAAAAUAAUGCAGCUAGUGGUGAUGAUUUUAUUUAUUCCUUUCUAAAUCAAAUGAAGCUGAAAAAGGGCACAUUUACGGAACUUCAAUUAAAAAUUGUAUGCUUAGAUAUGUUCAUCGCCGGUUCUCAAACUACAAGUAACUUGCUGGAAUUCAUGUUUCUUACGGUUUUAAGGAAACAGCAUAUACAGGACAAAAUUUAUGAUGAAAUACAACGCUUCAUCGGAAAUAACGUGCCUAGUUGGAGUGAUAGUCAUAGACUUGUUUACACAUCGGCUUUUCUACUGGAAGUUCAAAGGUGUUAUGCAAUAGUGCCUCUGAUGGGCCCUAGAAGAGUUCUAAGUGACAGCAUUGUAGAUGGUUAUAUGAUACCGAAGGACACCACAGUACUGAUAUCAGUGGGCGACCUAUAUUUGGAUCCAGACAUUUUCGAAAACCCUCAUGAAUUUAAGCCUGAGAGAUUUAUCGAUGAGCACGGCGCGCUAAAAAACGCCGAGCACGUCUACACCUUCGGCUUAGGUCGAAGGAGGUGCCCCGGAGACGCGUUAGCUCGAUCGUUCAUAUUCUUAACAUUCGUGGGGAUUUUGCAGAAAUUUAAGAUCCAGUGCGUCAAUGGUGUCUGUCCCAGCGACGAGCCAGUUAUUGGUUUAAUAGCUGCCCCGAGGCCGUACACCGCGAUGUUUGUUCCUCGACAAUGAUAAUAUAAUAAAGUUAAGCAAUUAACGACAAAAGUGAUAAUAAUGACCUCUAAAACUAUCUAGACAACAGUAUAUACCGUGUCCAAUAAGUUAGAAUACUCAUAUUUUACCUCAGUUCUCAAGAUCUAGGGAUCACACUUCAUCAAAUUCUUAUUUAAAUUAAAGAGUAUAUCCAUCUUAAUAGAAUAUAAUCACCAAGUACAUGGCAUUUCCGAAGGGUCUAAGAAAAAAAGAGUGUAAAGUGCAAACAAAAUACUUGCUCGGCACGCAGGUGACGAGUUAGUUUUUAUAACGUGACUAUGUGUGAUAGAACAGCCCAUAAUAACCAAAAUGUUCAGUUGUGGGCACCACGGAUAGAAAACAUUCCGGGCAACCAGAAAUGUGUUCCUAGGUUCCAGAGCUCACCAUUGGUCAUGGUGUGGGAUGCAUUAUGUAAGCGAGAUAUACUAUCUUCAGUACUAAUAGACAAAAUCGUUAAAAUGAACGUAUUUUACUAUGUAUGCUUGGGAAUGAAUAUCAUGUGUUCCAACAAGACGCAGCUGCAGCACAUACGGCAAAUGGCGUUCCAGCGAGAUUUCAGACUAAUCUGGCAGUUUUUUUAGCCGAAACAUGAAUGGCCACCCAAUUCGCCAGGUUUAGAAUAAAAUAGAAUAGAAUAGAAUAUUUUUUAUUUAACAUCAGUUUGGACAAAUAUAACAAAGAUCAAUACAACACAAUCUAGAUGUUAAAUUGGGAGCCCACUCAGCAUAUUGCCACGGCAUGCCGAAGCGCUGAUUUUCAAUGGGUCCCGGACUAAAUAAACUAAGCUAAGAGCUAAACUAAAAUAAGUGACAGCACAAAUAUCAUACAGAUGCGGAAUACCGCCACUGUACAAGUAAAUUGACAGCAGACAUAAGACGUAAUAUUAACUUAAUAACAUAAAAUGUAUGAUAGAAAGGACAGUAACAUAAUAAA